GGGACAUCAUGGAUGGAAUAUGGCCGGUUCUACUGCUACCUACAGAGGACCUGCGACAAGUUGCAGUCCAGUCCAAGACCGAUGGCCAGCAACCCUGUCCUCGUCCGAGAAGCGGUGCCGUUCGACGCGAAUUUCCCAGAACCUCGGGUGCGCGACUCCACUCUCUCCGGUCGGUCGGCCUCUUUUCACCCCCAACAUGCAGUUUCUCCGUCCCCUUCUUCCCUUUCCCCGACUUUGCGCCCUUCCCCGUCUGGCCGAUAUCUCCUCUUUCUCUCGUCGUCCUCCCCCCUCACCCUCCUCUCCCCCUCCCUCCCUUCUCGAUACCCCUCCUGAUUCCCUUGCCGGAGACUUCUGAAAAGCGUUCCCCCUCCUCUUUUCAUCCAUCGCAUCACAAUGGCUCCCAUCACGGAAGAGGUCGUCAAUGGCCUGAAGGAUGUCAUCGGAAAGCUCGAGGCUCGUGUUGAGGAGCUGGAAGGCCGCCUCACUAACCAGUCAAAGCCCAAGUCGGUUGCGGAGCAGAUGCGCAUCAUUCUCAUGGGACCCCCUGGUGCCGGCAAGGGUACUCAGGCCCCCCGGCUGAAGGAGAAGUACUGUGCCUGCCACUUGGCUACCGGUGACAUGCUGCGGUCCCAGGUCGCCAAGAAGACGGCAUUGGGUAAGGAGGCCAAGAAGAUCAUGGACCAGGGUGGCUUGGUCAGCGAUGAGAUCAUGGUCAACAUGAUCCAGAGCGAGCUUGACAACAACGCCGAGUGCAAGAACGGUUUCAUCCUGGACGGGUUCCCUCGCACUGUUGCUCAGGCUGAGCGCCUCGACGACAUGCUGGCUGCUCGCCAGCAGACGCUCCAGCAUGCCGUUGAGCUGAAGAUCGACGAUGCCCUGCUUGUCGCCCGUAUCACCGGUCGCCUGGUUCACCCGGCUUCCGGACGCUCGUACCACAAGAUCUUCAACCCUCCCAAGGACGAGAUGAAGGAUGACGUUACUGGCGAGCCCCUGAUCCAGCGUUCUGAUGACAACGCGGACACCCUGAAGAAGCGCCUCGGCACCUACCACGCCCAGACCGCUCCUGUUGUGGAGUACUACAAGAAGACCGGUAUCUGGAAGGGCAUUGAUGCCAGCCAGGAACCCGGCCAGGUGUGGAAGAGUCUGCUCGGUGUCUUCCACAAGAACUAGAUGCCACCCUCGCGAAAAGAAGUUCAUUGUCUUUAACGGGGAGGAAGAGAUAAGAGAUGUGAUAUGAUGUCGAGGUCAUGUAUAGGCUUUGCUGCCUGCGCUGACAGGUUAAAGAAAGGGAGAAAAAGUCCUGCAUUGACCGGGCAUGGAACUUGUCUUUCUAAUGUCCUUAUAUAGACAGAUACCCUCAGGUGGGGAUCUAUCUGAUAUGUAUAGUAGUAAUUUUCUUUUGCGGAAUUCGAACCAAAUUCGGAUGAGACGAUUCAACUCGGCUCCUCCAACAUGAUCAUGUAAACAAAC